AUGGCUUCUCAACCUAAUCCUAAAGCCUUCCCUUUGGCCAAUGCCCAACUUACCAACCAGAUCCUCGAUCUCAUCCAACAAGCUCAGCACUACAAGCAACUUAAAAAGGGUGCGAACGAAGCCACCAAAACCCUCAACAGAGGUAUUUGUGAAUUCAUAGUAAUGACAGCCGAUGUCGAACCUAUUGAAAUCGUACUUCAUUUACCUUUACUGUGUGAAGAUAAAAAUGUUCCAUACGUUUUCCUUCCAUCAAAAACCGCUUUAGGAAGAGCUUGUGGUGUUUCAAGACCCGUCAUUGCUGCUAGUGUCACCACUAACGAAGCUAGGGAAUUAAACGCUCAAAUUAUCGCUGUCAAGAACGAAAUUGAGAAACUCCUCAUCUAA